CUUUGGAGACUUCCGGAGCGAGAAGAUACUUGAAAGGAAGAUACUGAAAGAAAUCUGCCCCACUGAUCAAUCCAGAUGCCUUCUUCCACUUUACCAGAUGAAGGAGAUAGCCUGGAGACCUGCGUUUUAAAGUUUUCUGAUCUGGAUUUAAAAGAAUCAAAUCUUACUAACCCCAGCAACAGUCUCAAAGCAGAGUUAGAUGGCAAUAUAAAGAAGAAAUACUCAUUUGCAAAAAAAAAGGCCUUUGCCAUUUUUGUCAAAACCAAACAAGUUUCAUCACCUUCUCAUGAAUUUAAAGAAAAAUGGUGGAGAUGCUGUCAGCAGGUAUUUGCAGACCAGACCAGCAUCCACAGACAUGUGGCAACACAGCACGCUGAAGAAGUUCACCAUCAGACAGCUUCUAUUCUAAAGCAGCUAGCUGCAGCAUUGAGUGCUUCACAGAGUCUUACAUCCGCAGACAGACAGAACCCUCCGAAAAACUAUCUCACUCCUAGUCAGGAAGUGUCUGCUUGGCUCCCUGAUAUAAGCCGCUUUAGCCCUGAUGAGCUGAGCUGUAGCCAGGGCAAUGAAGAAGGGGAAGUACUCCUGUAUUACUGCUACUGUGACUUGGAGGACCCCCACUGGAUCUGUGCCUGGCAGACAGCUCUGUGCCAACAGCUGCACCUCACAGGCAAGAUUCGGAUCGCUACUGAAGGAAUCAAUGGAACUGUUGGAGGAAGUAAAGUGGCCACCAGACUGUAUGUGGAAGUCAUGCUUUCUUGCCCAUUGUUUAAGGAUUACCUGUGUGAGGAUGACUUUAAGAGCAGCAAAGGAGGAGCUCAGUGCUUCCCAGAAUUGCGAGUCGGUGUGUUUGAAGAGAUCGUGCCUAUGGGGAUCAGCCCCAGUAAGGUCUCCUACAAGAACCCUGGAAUCCAUUUAUCCCCUGGUGAAUUUCACAAAGAAAUAGAAAAGCUUUUAUCUCAGACAAAUCAGGAACAGGGUGAUACUAUCAUACUGGACUGCAGAAACUUCUAUGAGAGCAAAAUCGGACGAUUCCAGGGCUGCUUAGCACCAGACAUCAGGAAAUUCAGUUACUUCCCUAGCUACGUUGACAAAAACCUUGACAUUUUCAGGCAGAAGAGGGUGCUGAUGUACUGCACUGGAGGCAUCCGCUGUGAGCGGGGUUCUGCAUACCUCAGAGCCAAGGGGGUGUGUAAGGAAGUGUUUCAGCUCAAGGGUGGCAUCCACAAGUACCUGGAAGAGUUUCCUGAUGGUUUUUACAAAGGGAAGCUGUUUGUUUUUGAUGAGCGGUUUGCCCUGGCCUACAACAGUUGUGUGGUAUCAGAAUGUUCAUACUGUGGAGCCCCGUGGGACCAAUAUAAACUCUGUUCUACUCUCCAAUGCCGGCAGCUCGUUUUGACCUGUUCUGCCUGUCAAGGACAAGGAUUCACAGCCUGUUGCGUCACGUGUCAAGACAAAGGGGGCAAGCUGGCUUCAGGCCCCACCCAGGACAGUUUUAAAGAAGAAUGUGAGUGUACCGCCCGGAGGCCACGCAUCCCUCAGGAGCAGCAUGCAUGACUCCCUGUGAAUCUGGAGCCAGGGCCUGAUGCUGGUGAGGCUGAGUGGUGAAGCUUCACAAUGUAGGCUUAAGUGGUUAUGUGUACAUUGUCAAGGUUGUAGAAACAAAUUGGGAACUUCUGUGUUGGUCACUGCCACCAUGGCAGAUGGCCACAGGCAAAGGGGACAGGGAGUCCAGUGUUGGCUACCUAAUCUACCUGCUUUGAUUCAGAAGAUGCUGGAGCCUGGAAAAAAGGUGAACCAUGUGAGAUCCCAAGGAUGUUGAGAGAAAGAGCCUUGAGCUUGGCAGCUGUACCAUGUCUUCUCUGCCAUGCAGCUGGGUAGUAGCCAUUGCUCUUGGCAGCAAACCUUUUUGCCUUUUUGCUGGGUGUGAACUCUUAAACCAGGUCAGCUGUCACCUUCCCCUGCCUCAGUCUCUUCCCUAACUUCUCAAAGAGAUCUGUAAUCUGUGGUGUUGAUCACUUUCUACUUAAAAGAAUUUACUGAAUCAGCCCAACCCAUCCCUUUACAUGUGAUCAUGGCACUACUGAGACCAUGUGGCCUUCAGAGUCUAAAGUAUUUACAGUCUGUCCCUUCACAGAAAAUGCCAGCCCCAGACUAGACUAACAGCUCAUCUGAUAGAGGUGGUCUUAAAGAAGUGGCCUACAUUUUUAUUGAUUUGGUUUCUUUGAAAGAUGUCCCCGUAAGAGCCCUGCAUUACCCAGCAUCCCCUCUCUCAGCUUCUAAGUGUUCUCUUUAGGGAUCCAAAUGAGCAGCAGGCUUUAGGACACCUGGGGCACAAGGUACUUUCUUAGGGAGAUUAUUCAACAUAGCAGCUAGCUAGCCUUCUAGCCUUUGGGCACAUGUCCCUAUCACGAGAGUCUUAAGAAACACACACAACCACACAUAGACCGAUGGCUUUAAUAUUAAUGUUGCAGUUUCCAGUGAUGCAGAAUGCAGCUGCAAUUGUGUUUCAAGGAGAAGCUGAGUGGGGCUGGCCGUCCCUGCAGCUUGGUGCCACUCCUGGGCCCAUGUGCAGCCUCACUAGACAUUGUCAUAGUGGUGAGGCCCUGGCUCCACCUCUAGUUACCCUGUACUGUCCACAACAUUACAGUUCAGUGUUGCAGGAUUUUCCCUUGUCAGAAACCCCCUGGGCUGCACUCAACAGCUCUUGAGCCUUGUCAUUAUUGUAAUAUUGGCUGAAUCCCUAAGGGAAAUAAUUCCCCAAAGCAACAAACGAAAAUACUAGUUUAACUGGCACUAUGGUCUAUUAAAAGGCACAAGAACAAUGUGUUUUAACAUUUUUACUGACUCCCAUGGUGUUAAAAAAGGGAUCCAAGUAGGAACGCCGAAAUUAGGUUUCAGAAUAAUCACUUGUGUCAUUGGUCAGGAUUUCCUAAUUCCUUGCCGUUUAGAUGUUGUGCACUGCUGUCCUUCAGAGGUUUCAUUUGUAGGCAAGAGCUCUGUGAUUUGAUUUAUCUCAUAAGUGACCAGGCAGGCACUUGGUGUCUGUAAGCAGGGCCAUGCUAAAUAGCACAGCCACGGUAGACUGGAAAUUCACCCAGGGGCAUUGGCCUCACAUAAGCCAUUUGCCCACUGAGGUAUAGGGAGAUGUUUUCAUUCAUCAUGAAGUUGGCAUUCAAUAAAGAAAGAAUGGUUUCUGACUGCAGUGAGUACAUCCCAGGUGUUCACACAGAGCACUCAGGGGUAUGUCUGUUGCCUGGGGUGGUAGAUUUUAAAACUUGAAAUUUCACCGUUGCCUUUUUCUUCCCCUUCUCUUAUCUGGCAGAAGGAAUCCUGUGUCUUUCUGACUCUUAGAAGAUUCUGUAGCUUGCCUUUCAUUCUUGGGGGGAGAGGGGUUGAUGCUGGAAUCAAUUUGGCAGCUUUAAUCUUGAGGUUAAAGUUUCAAGUAGGGUUGAAAAAUCAUGAUUAUCUGUUCUUUUUACUGAGUUGCUAUGAUCAAAUCUGUAAUAAAGUGUUUUACAGCGCUUCCACA